AUGGCUGUCUUGGGGCUGGUGCUCCUAGCGGCGGUGCCCACCUUCUUUCUGGGCGUGUUUGUCUGGGCCGUCUUUGAGCACUUCCUCACUGCAGAUGUCCCCUCCACCAUCCACCAUCCUGCCAAGUUCAGGUUUCUGCACUGCAUAUUCCUUUACGUGAUUGCUUUGGGGACUGUAUUUGAGAAGCUGGGAAUUUGCUCCAUGCCCAAAUUUUUCCGUUUUCUCCAUGACAUAACGACAAUAAAGAAGGACCUUCACGUGGCGGUGACCAACCUGCGUUUUGGGACGAUCCCCGUGAGGCUGUUCCAGCCCAAGGCAGCGUCCUCCAGCCCCCGGCGAGAUUUUUAUCACAACGUGUGCAGUUUUCUGGCCCAGGAGACCGACUCUGUGCUGCUGUCUGUUGGGUACCGCAUGCUUCCUGACCACCACUACCCUAGCAUUUUCCGAGACUGCCUGAACGCCUCUAUUCACUUCCUGAAGGGCCUGGAAGCCUAUGAGGUGGACCCGUCCCGGGUUGUCGCCUGUGGAGACAGCGCUGGAGGAUGGGUGGCUGCCACGAUCACCCAGACCUUGGUGGGCAGAUCAGAUCUUCCCCGAAUCCGGGCUCAGGUCAUGAUCUAUCCGAUCGUCCAGGCGGUCAAUCUGCAGUUGCCGUCUUAUCAGCAGAACCGAAAUGUCCCAUUUUUCUCCCAGAAGCUCAUACUGACAUGUCUGUGUAACUAUCUGGCCAUUGACGAAUCCUGGAAGGAAGCCAUCCUGAAUGGCGCUUAUAUACCCCCGGAUGCCUGGAGGAAGUACAGGAAGUGGGUCGGCUCUGACAACAUCCCCAAGAAAUUCAAGAACAGAGGCCACCAACCCAGGUCUCCCAGUCCUUUUAAUGAGGCUGCCUAUCUGGAAACCAAACAUAUUUUGGAUGUAGAAAAUUCACCCCUCUUAGCGGACGAUGAGACCAUCGCUCGGCUUCCUGAGGCCUUCCUGGUGAGCUGUGAGAAUGACAUCCUCCGUGAUGACACCUUGCUCUAUAAGAAACGCUUGGAGGACCAGGGGGUGCCUGUGACAUGGUACCAUGUGGACGAUGGCUUUCACGGAUGCUUGAACUUAUUUGAUAAUAAGACUUUCUCUUUCCCUUGCUCCCUGAAAAUUGUGAACGCUCUGGUCAGUUAUAUAAAGGGCAUAUGAUAGUGAACUUGGGGAUCUGAGUAGGUGUGACAGGUAUGGACACUUCCACAAGCUGGGUCCUUUC